AAUUGCACCGUUGUUAAAUGACGUCACUGCAACGCCUGCAAAAAAUAGGUUUGCGCGUGCGCAGGACAGAGGCGAGCUGUUCGUUUUCUUCUCUCUAGCUAGCUCAAUCGCCAGAUGAUCUCUGAGAUGUCUCACGGAAUAUUUGCGAAAGACGGUCCGUUCGGAGGCGGAGAGGACAGGGAAUCGUAUAAUGAAGGGGGUGGGGACAGGAACUGGAGGGGUAGGGAAAGGCAUGGUGGCAGUGAGAGAGGAGGGAGUGGUCGGGGGUACAGGGGGAGGGGGAGAGGAGGGAAGAGGAAGAGGGGGGAGAGGGAGAGGUUGGCAGGGCCGCGGUGGCUCAAGUCGAAGGCCAGACGAUGAAGAUGAUGAAGUCGACUUGAGAAUGGAAGGAAAAAGAUGGAGCGAGAAGGGUGGACUGAAGAAGACGUCGCCAGGUUACGGUCGAAGUGGAAUAUUCUCUCGUCUCGGAGAGAGGGGAAACGAGGGAGGAGGGGAGAGAGGUGGCGGAGGAGGGGAGAGAGGCGGGGGAGGGGUAUUUGGGAGACUAAACUGGGGAAGAAGAGGAGAAGGGGGAGGAUCAAGAAGUCAGUGGCACAAGGUCACCAUUCCUCGUGGGGGAAACCAGGACCAAGAACAACUCAUCAGGACGCUUCAGUCAGGCAUUGACGCCCCCCUUCAACCAACAAAUAUCCAUGUGAUCCAGGACAAGCUAAUGUUCUUUCUGGACAAUCCUCGGACAGCCUCUCAGUUGAAACGUCUCAGUAGAGUUGACGUCGAUAACGACUCUCUAAUUAUCAGGGUCUUCCCCAGUCCUCCCCCAAGACCUGGUCGUGGAGGAGGUGGGGGAGGUCACCGAGGUGGAUUCGAGAGGGACCGAGACGGAGACGAAAUGAUGGGAGAGCUGUCGGAGCGAGAUUUGAAGGAGAAUGGCGUGAGAGGGAGCAUGUACAGCAGAGAGUUUGUGUCUUCAGUUCUUGAGCUGGUUAAAGCCAACUGCCCCGAGCUUCUUGCGCUGGACCUGAGCCGUAACCAGCUACAGCGACUGGAUGCCUACUCCUCUCUUCCCACAGUCUGUCCCAACCUCCAGAUCCUUAAUCUUUCAGACAAUGAGUUUCACUCUGUCCAGGAGCUGGAGAGGCUGGGUCAGAUGAUAUCUGUCACCACACUGGUUCUGGAGGGAAAUCUCUUCACUCAGGCCGGGAUGGACAUCAUGUCGCUGGCCAACACCCUCCGCAAGAUCUUUCCAAACAUACAGACCGUGAAUGGUGAGUAUCUGCCCAGUCCUGUCAAGUUUGAUCUCCCUGUGUUGGCAGGCCAGCUACCUCCAACUCAGAAAGGGUUUGUGGUCAAUGAUGAGGUCCAGAGACUAGUGGUGGAGUUCGUGAAACAGUACUACUCUCUGUAUGACGCAGACAACAAGAGAGAGAAGUUGUUUGAAGCUUACUCUGAAGAUGCUGUCUUCAGUUUGUCUGUGACUGGCUCUCUCACAAGAAAAGAUGCCUCGAUGGAUGUGUACAUACCACUCAGUCACAACCUGGCUCGGGCCAAAGAUCCCAGUAAGAGGCAGUCUCUGGUGAAGCACGGUCGGAUCGACAUAGUCCAGUGUCUUCGCGACCUCCCGCCCACCAAGAACCACCUCUCCUCUUUCAACGUGGACGUGAUGAGAGCCACUAUUGCUCGUGAAGAGCUGGCCAGUCUCCAACAGGCCUCCUCUCUCCCUCAGCCCCAGUCUGCACUGCUGCCUCUGCCAGAGAACCCCAUCCAGACAUCCUCUCUGCCGAGUCAGCAGGGGUCUUCCCUCUACCAGCCUCCUCCUCCACCACAGUAUGGCUCCUCUGGACUGGCCCAGUCGUCUCCCCCCACGAUCCCAUCUGCUUCUGCCACCGCCGCCACAACCUCCUCCUUUCCCCUAACCAGCGCCCCCACCCCUGCUUCCUUCCCUAAUCCACAGGAUCAGGCCAUUAUGAGGAUAUCCCAGACCACAAGUAUGAAUCUAGAGUGGAGCAAAAAAUGUCUGGCGGAGAAUGAGUGGGAGUUCAAUAAGGCUGUUACUGCCUUCACCCUCCUCCAUCUCUAUGAGCCCCAGUGUAGAGAUAGGACCAGCACCUAG